UAUUCUUAGCUCUAGUUUGUAAUUAAAUUCAUGGUAAGAGAAAUGAGAAGAGAGAAAGCAGAAAACAGUACCAUAGAGGCGGUGGCAGUCGCAAUCGACAAGGACAGAGGAAGUCACCAUGCUUUCAAAUGGACAGUUGAAAAUCUCCUCACCAAAGGCCAAUCUAUUACACUUGUUCAUGUUAAACAUAUAACAUCUGCGAAUUCCACACAAUCCAGGGGCAUUCCCACGUCUGGAGAGAAGGAGGAGUUCAAGAUAGUCAACAAAAACCAAUUUGAUGCUAAGAUCAACGAGUUGUUUCUUCCAUUCCGCUGGUUUUGCGUAAAAAGAGCUAUAAAAUGCAAUGAAGUUGUAAUUGAGAACCCUGAUGUACCAAAAGCACUGAUUAACUAUGUUUCCACUAAUUUAAUUGACAUUUUGGCACUUGGGGCACCAUCGACAAGAUACGGCCUUCUGCGUUCUUGUCACAGGUUCAAAAGUACAAAUGUGUCAACCACAGUGUCAAAGGCAGCACCAGAGUUCUGCACUGUGUAUGUCGUCGGAAAAGGAAAGUUAUCAUAUAUGCGAUCUGCUAACUCUUGUCCACACCCAAAAGCUCCUUCAUGUAAACAAAUACAGCACCAAUACAGCAAUGUUUCUGAAGCAAAUAAAAGCAACCAGCACCCCAGACAAUCACAGAGGACACAGUAUCUAGCCAAUAGCCAUCUAGAUAACAUUGAAAUCAAGUCACCAUUCACCAAAGGAAACGCUUCAAUGAGCAAAACAUAUGAACUCUCGACAGAAACUGAUAUAUCGUUUGUCAGUAGUGGAAGGCCAAGCACAGACUGCAUGUUUCCUGCUUUCUCUGAGAGUCCAGAAUCAGGACCUCGACAUUCAAUCAGUUCAUACAUGGACUACAGAAGACCAUCUUAUUCAGGAGGCAAGUUUAUUGACAUGAGCUCUUCACAAUGUGAAGUCUCAUCAUCCUCAAUUAAAAGUGGAAACUCAUGGUUAUCACAGAAUAUGGAUGAAAUGGAAGCUGAGAUGAGGAGGCUCAGGCUAGAGCUUAAGCGAACAAUGGACAUGUACAGUACGGCCUGCAAGGAAGCACUCACUGAAAAACAAAAGGCAAUGCAACUUCACCGAUUGAAAAUGGAAGAAAAGCAGAGAUUAGAAGAGGCACGAGAAGCUGAGGAAGCUGCAUUGAAACUUGCAGGGAAGGAGAAAGCAAAAUGUCACGCAGCCAUGGAUGCUGCAGAAGCAGCUAAAAGGAUUGCAGAAGCAGAAGCACAACAGAGGAGGAAUGCUGAAAUGAAAGCCCUUAAAGAAGCUCAAGAGAGGAUGAAGGCACUAGGAACAACGACGUACGAUCCCAGAUACAGGAGAUACACAAUUGAGGAGAUUGAAGUAGCAACAAAUAAUUUUUCACACGCUCUAGAGGUUGGGGAAGGAGGCUAUGGGCCAGUAUACAAAGGUGAACUAGACCACACACCAGUGGCAAUAAAAGUUCUACGUUCAGAUGCAGCUGAAGGAUGGUCCCAAUUCCAGCAAGAGGUUCAUAUAUUGAGUUGCAUACGCCAUCCCAACAUAAUUCUUCUUCUUGGAGCCUGCCCAGAGAAUGGAUGCCUGGUUUAUGAGUACAUGGAUAAUGGGAGCUUAGAAGACCGUCUCUUUCGGCGAGGUAACACCCCAGUUAUUCCUUGGCAGCUAAGGUUCCAAAUCGCUGCAGAUAUUGGCACAGGACUGUUGUUCCUUCAUCAGACCAAGCCAGAACCACUUGUACACCGUGACCUAAAACCCAGCAACAUUUUACUAGACUAUAACUAUGUCAGCAAGAUUUGUGAUGUAGGUUUGGCCAGGCUUGUCCCUCCAUCAGUAGCUAAUUCUACCACUCAAUAUCAUAUGACAUCUGCUGCCGGAACCUUCUGUUAUAUUGAUCCAGAGUAUCAGCAAACUGGCAUGCUUGGGAUAAAAUCUGAUAUAUACUCACUUGGGGUCAUGUUCCUACAACUAAUAACAGCCAAACCGCCUAUGGGUUUGACUCAUCACGUUGAGCGGGCUAUUGAGAAAGGGACUUUCUCUGAGAUGCUUGACCCUGCCGUUCCUGACUGGCCAGUUGAGGAAGCAUUGUGCUUUGCAAAGCUAGCUCUACAGUGUGCUGAAAUGAGGCAAAAAGAUAGACCGGAUCUUGGGAAGAUUGUUCUUCCUGAGCUUAACAGAUUGAGAAAAUUAGGCGAGGAUAGCAUGAAUGGCGUUACGGUUGGUAAUGGUGAAGUAUCUUCAGCUAGACAAGUGAGUACCAUAGCAGACCUAGCAUUGCACUUGAAGUAA